AUGCUAAAGCAGAAGUCUAGAAAUAAAUGGUUGUUGGAGGGGUCGAGUAAUACUUCUUAUUUUCACAAUAGCAUAAAUAUUCGAAGGGGAAGAAACACGAUUUCAGAACUUGUUUCUGAAGAUGUUAGUGUUAUUUCUGAUAGUGCGUUGAUCUGUGACCAUGUUGUGAACUAUUAUGAGGAUAAAUUCAAUGGAGAUGACACAAUUAUUGAUGGUUUUUUAUUUGAUUAUGAGAGACCUUCAAUUACGGCUGUAAGAAGUGGUAUUAUGGAUGUUAUUCCUACCCCAAAUGAAAUCAACACGGCGGUGUUUGAUUUGGAUGCUGAUAGUGCUCCGGGUCUAAAUGGGUUUUCAGGUUGUUUUUAUCGGCAUUGUUGGGAUAUUAUUCAACUUGAUUUGACUAAUGUUAUUAUUUUUUGUUGGAAGUCUAAAACAAUUCCAAGUGGAGAUAAUUCUAGUUUGAUCGUUCUUCUUGCUAAGAACUCAAGAAGGGUUAGCAUGAAAGGGUUUUGUGUGAAUUUGAUCGAUGAGUUGGAUUUGAAUAGUGAUUUCAAGGAGCAGAUGAGGAAGCUGAAUGUAGGUUUGGUUGCAAAGAUGGAGCUGGCAAGAAUGAAUUGCAGUGGUUGCAGCUGA